GGCGGACGCUGGAGGGUGCCGUUCUUGACUCUAAUGUGCUUAGACACUUGAAGCCACAAAAGGAUUUUGCCCCGAGGUUCCUCGUCUCCUCGCGAGGAUGCCUCUUCUCUUCUGCCUUGCGAAAUAAUAGCGGCCUAGCUGGUGCCCGUGACCACGAAGGAAGGCAGAGUCGCGGGCUGAUUACGUUUCACCCAAAGGUUGCUGGCGCCGAAUCGGUUUCUAACAAGAAAUUUUAAAAUGAUUCGUUCCAAGAAAGGGUAGGAGCCGCGAGACCCUCCAACUGCCCAGGGAAAACAAGUCUCGUCUGGCAAAGUUAUCGACCCACGCGGUCCGCGGCCAAGGGCCAACGGUCCCUCGCCCCACGGUGCCGCAGCACUGCGCGUGCGCGAACCGCUGUCAAACGCGCUGACGGAGGCCGAGAAGAAAAAAAGGCGGGAGCCGCCAAUCCCGGGUUGAGCAAAAUGGCGCGGGAGAAGGAGAUGCAGGAGUUCACCCGUAGCUUCUUCCGAGGCCGCCCGGACCUCAGCACGCUCACGCAUUCCAUCGUGCGGCGGAGGUACCUGGCUCACUCGGGCUGCGACCACCUGGAGCCAGAGGAGAAGCAGGCACUGAAGCGGCUGGUGGAGGAGGAGCUGCUGAAGAUGCAGGUGGAUGAAGCCGCUUCCAGGGAGGACAGACUGGACUUUACCAAGAAGGGCAAGAGGCCUCCCACCCCUUGUAGCGACCCGGAGAGAAAAAGGUUCCGCUUCAAUUCAGAGUCGGAGUCCGGCUCUGAAGCCUCCAGCCCAGACUACUUUGGACCCCCAGCAAAGAAUGGGGUGGCAGCAGAAGUCAGCCCAGCCAAGGAGGAGAAUCCAAGGCGAGCCUCAAAGGCGGCAGUUGAGGAGAGCAGUGAUGAGGAACUGCAGAGGGACCUGCCUGCACAGAGGGGAGAGGAGAGCAGUGAGGAGGAGGAAAAGGGGGACAAGGGGAAGACUAGGAAGAAACCUGUGGCAAAGAAGCAGGCACCAGGCAACGCCUCAGUCAGUAGGAAGCAGGCGAGGGAAGAAAUCGAGGAGAGCGAGGAAGAACCCGUUCAGAGGACAGCAAAGGUGGAGGGAAAUAAAGGAACUAAAAGCCUGAAGGAAAGUGAACAGCUGAGUGAAGAGGAGGAGGAGAUCCUAGCUGGGAAGAAAGAGCACAGAGGGGAGGAAGAGAAAGAAGGGGAGAAGGAAAAGGAGGUUUGGAAACCUCCUGGCUCCAGAGCCAGGAGCAAUGGCGGAAGAAAGUCAGCUAGGGAGGAGAGGAGCUGUAAGCUGAAAAGCCAGGCCAAGAGGCUCAUGGAAGACUCAGACAGCGAGGAAGAGCAGAAAGAGGCAGCAGGCAGUGGGGAUGACAGUGGGAGAGAUGGAGAACCCCCAGUGCAGAAGAAGAGCAAGGACAGGACCCAGCUUAAGGAUGGGAAGGGGUUGAGUGGAAGCAGCGAGGUCGAGGAAGACAGUGGGAAGGGGGAACCCACAGCUAAAGGCUCUAGAAAGACGGCCACACUGCGCAGCACCAGUGGUGAGGAGAGUGACUUGGAGAGGGAAGUGAGUGACAUCGAGGCAGGGGGCGGCCCCCAGGGGGAGAGGAAGAACCGCUCUUCCAAGAAGAGCUCCAGGAAAGGCAGGACACGGAGCUCCUCUUCCUCCUCAGACGGAAGUCCAGAGGCCAAAGGAGGGAAGGCUGGCUCAGGUCGCCGUGGAGAGGACCACCCAGCUGUGAUGAGGCUAAAGCGCUACAUUCGGGCCUGUGGUGCCCAUCGAAACUACAAGAAGCUGUUGGGCUCCUGUUGCUCACACAAGGAGCGCCUGAGUAUCCUCCGGGCAGAACUGGAAGCCCUAGGCAUGAAGGGUACCCCUUCCCUAGAGAAGUGUCGGGCCCUGAAAGAGCAGAGGGAGGAGGCAGCUGAGGUAGCCUCCUUGGAUGUUGCGAACAUCAUCAGUGGCUCGGGCCGGCCACGCAGACGUACAGCCUGGAACCCUUUAGGAGAAGCAGCACCCCCAGGGGAGCUGUACCGUCGGACCCUGGACUCAGACGAAGAGCAGCCCCGUCCUGCACCCCCGGACUGGUCACAUAUGCGUGGCAUCAUCAGCAGUGAUGGUGAGAGUAACUGAGCUCUGCCACCCUCAGGAAGGACCCUUGAUCCAUGUACAAAGCAUACAUAGCACCCCUUGCCCGGUGUCUGUGGAACAGAAGGAGCUUUCUUCAGAGAAGACUGCCGCUCCCGAGGACACAAGCUGUUGGGAUGCUGCUUCUCAGCUUCACGCUCUCCAUUUAAGGUGUUUAUUUUGUAAGACUCAAUAAAGGAGUGUUUGUAAUCACCUCAUCAAAU